ACUUAAAAAAGAAAGUUUUUAAAAAAGAAUAUUGUUAUAACUCGUAUCAGUACAAAAUAUCUGAAUCUUUAAAGUAUCAUCAUCAGCAGCAGUAGUCAUGGGAGCUCUAGAUCAUCUUUCAAAUAUGUUCGAUUGUGGCAGUGGAAGUAACAGAAAAUAUAAAAAGCGCAAACAAUUGCAGACCGUGGAGAUUAAAGUAAAGAUCGACUGUGAUGGGUGCGAGAGGAAGGUCAGGAAAUCCGUGGAAGGGAUGAAGGGCGUUACGUCUGUAAACGUUGAGCGAAAGCAACACAAGCUUACGGUUGUGGGGUACGUCGAGCCAAACAAAGUGUUGUCUCGGGUGGCUUUUAGAACCGGCAAGAAGGUUGAGUUUUGGCCCUAUGUGCCAUAUGACAUUGUGGCCCAUCCUUAUGCACAAGGUGUGUAUGACAAAAAGGCCCCGGCUGGGUAUGUUCGGUAUGUUGAAGACCCGAACAAUAAUCUGGCACGAGCAAGCUCUACCGAAGUUCGGUACACUACGGCUUUUAGUGACGAAAAUCCAGCAGCAUGUGCUAUCAUGUGAUUUGUCCCUUUGUCGAUAUGAAAAAGUUGUUUGAAAGGCUUUAUAAAGACGACAUUUAUAUUAGCAUAAAUAUAUGUAUAACAUGAAAUGGUGGAUAUGCUUAGACUUUUCGAUAAAAGGAAGUUUGUUUUAUAUUAUUAGUUUAUUA